AAGCUGUGUAUUUACAGCAUACAGUCGUAUCUUUGAUGAUCUAGUUCCCUCUUUAACAUUUGCAUUUAUUAUUUUUUCUCAGGUUGUGAAAUCAGGGCUGAAUUUGCGCUUUAGGCCUCAAAACAAGACAUUUCUGAGAAAAGUGAAUCCCGUGGCUUGGCCUCAGAGGAACAUUAAGAGACCUUCCCCAGGGACCUGGUUUUCAAGUUACCUGUGAAUCAGAGAGCAAGAUAGAGAGGCCUUCAGGAAGUCUCAUAAGGGAUGGAAUGAAGAAAAAUAAGAGAGAUUCAGCAAAGGAGGGAGUAAAUAAUGAGAAAAUUCCUAUAAAAAAUAGAUGUCAUGCACAUAAGAAAUCAGAAAAAAAUGUUGGGGUCAGUUCACACAUCUGCAAUUUCCAGGUGUGUAAAGAGUGUGGCAAAGCCUUUAACUUCAACUCAGCGCCAGCAAGUCAGCACUGGAGAGAAACCUUUUAGAUGCAAGGACUACAGCAAGGCCUUCAAGCAAAAAGUCAGCUUAAGUCAAUAUCAAUGGAUCCAAAAGAAAAAAAGAAAAGGAAAGAAAAAAGAAAAAGGAAACCCCAAUAUCAAUGGAUCCACCCUUGGGUGAAGCCCUACAAAUGCAGAGUGUGGGAAAGGCUUCAACAAGAGUUCAGGAUUGAAGCAGCACUGAAGGCUUCAUGUUAGAGAAGAACCCUGUGAAUGUGAGAAAUGUGGGAAAGUCUUCAUUCAGAACUCAAAUUUUAUUCGUCAUUGGAGAAUUCAUCCUGGAGAGAAACUUUUAAAUGUAAUCUUGUUCUGUGUGUCCCCCUAGUGCAGUGGUGAGCUUCUCCAUAGCAGGAUUGGUCAGGAAGGUGGACUGUCCCCAAAUGAGAUGAAUAUAAGGAAUGACCUUGAGAGUGUCUGUCUUUCCUUAGAUUUUAGUUCCUGAGAGUGUUACCUUUCCCUGAGACAGGAAUAAAAGAGGUCAGAUGACGACAACAGCGUCCUUAACAACCAGGCCCCAGGAAUCAGUGGCUUUUGAGGAUGUGGCUGUGUACUUCACUGACAAGGAAUGGGCCAGCUUGAUACCUGCUCAGAGGGCCUUGUGCAGGAGCGUGAUGCUGGAGAACUCUAUCAUCGUCCACUUCCAAACUAGCUCUGGUCUCUCAUCUUGAGCGAGGGAAAGAGUCACGUUUCACCCAGCCCCAGGGACCCCUAAACAGGAGGAACAGGAGAGCAGGUUCUACAGGUCUUAAAUGGUGUGAUCAGCUAGACAGUAUCUCCUGACCUUGAGAAGAAGUGAUUGGCAUUAGGAAGCACGUUGAGCUGAUGCUGCCCUUCAUUUAUUCUCUAGACUGCUGCUUGGUUCCAGGAACAAGGCAUCUUGGCUCUGGAGAAAGCUGCGUGGCAAGAGGCGGCUGGUGAUGGCAUUCUGCCUCUUAAUGGCUCUGUCUGUGGUGGCUGUCACCCGCUUCCCUCCGCAGCACCCAGCCGCCAGCCCAGACCCUGGUCCCAUGGAGCCCCAGCGGGUAACUGGUGCCCCUGCCCCCCAGAGCAGGCAGGCUCUGAGCUCCGGCUGGAGGCAGCGGGCAAGAAACCUGAGGUUCCGGAGAGGCUGGGCCUUGCCUGGGAGCUCCAUCCUGGUGUGUGCUGAGGAGCAAGGCCACGGAGGGAGUGUGGACAGCAGGCAUCCAGGGAGGGUCAAGAGGGGCAUUACUUUGGCACCUCCAGGAGAUUUGAGACUCAGUACCCAGCAUCUGGUGCUCCUGAGGGAAGAUGAGGUCAGGGGUCCAGGAGCCAAAGACCUGGACCUCCCCUGGCACAGUGGUCCCCUCUGGGAGGCACAGAGUGAGACGGGCACCCCAUAUGGCCCCCUCGCAGGACACAACAUGGCAGCAUUACAGACUUGGAGAGCUACUGCUGGACCGACCCUCCGGCCUCAUCCAGCAGAAGGCGGGGAUCUGCCAGGAGUGAGGAACAGAGCCUUGACUGGUGGACGACAAGCAGGGGGUCCCGCCCCGGCCACGGGGGCUCAUCAGUGGCCUGGCUCUGUUGGGGAGCUGCACGGAUCUGUGUGGUGUGACGCUGAGACCCCCAGGCUGUCGAGUGGCUUGAGGACCAGCGAGCAGGUGCCCCCGUGGCUCACAGAGCAGGAUGUGCAGACCCUCCAGCUGCUGGCGCAGGGGCAGGUGGUGGGCAAAGCCAGGGUCCCUGGCCACGGGCAGGUGCUGCAGGUUGGCUUCUCCGCCAAGGGUGCCCUUCAGGACCUGUCUCCGGGGCUCAGCCACCUCUGCUCCCAGGGGCUCUGUGGCCUGAUCAAGAGGCCUGGGGACCUGUCUGAGGUCCUGGCCUUCCACGUGGACCGUGUGCUGGGGCUGCGCCGGAGCCUACCUGCCGUGGCCAGGCGCUUCCACAGCCCCCUGCUGCCCUACCGCUACACGGAUGGUGGUGCAAGGCCCGUCAUCUGGUGGGCACCCGACGUGCAGCACCUGGGUGAUCCAGAUGAUGACCAGAAUUCGCUGGCCUUGGGCUGGCUGCAGUACCAGGCCCUGCUGGCACGUGACUGCAGCCAGCUGGACCAGGCCCCAUGCCUGGGCAUCCACCACGCCGAGUGGGCACGCCUGGCACUCUUCGACUUCCUGCUGCAGGUCCACGACCGCCUGGAUCGCUACUGCUGCGGCUUCGAGCCCGAGCCCUCGGACCCCUGUGUGGAAGAGAGGCUCCGAGAGAAAUGCCGGAACCCGGGGGAGCUGCGGCUGGUCCACAUCUUGGUCCGGAGCAGUGAUCUCUCUCAUCUGGUCUACAUCGAUAACGCCGGCAACCUUCAGCACCCGGAGCACAGGCUGAAUUUCCGGCUGCUGGAGGGCAUCGACGGGUUUCCUGAGUCUGUCGUGAAGGUUCUCGCAUCAGGGUGUCUACAGAAUAUGCUGCUCAAGUCACUGCAGACAGACCCGGUGUUCUGGGAAAGCCAAGGCGGGCAACAAGGCCUACAGCGGGUCCUCCAGACCCUGGAGCGGCGAGGACAGGUCCUGCUGAGCUACAUCCGGACGCACAACCUGACACUCUUCAGGGACGAGGGCCCGUAAGCCCCCCACGGUCUGGGCGGGACUCUCACCUCACUGCAGGGGGAAGAAGGGGGGGGGGCAUCUCACGACAUGACCUGAGUGGAUAAGCCCAUCCUCACGGCCACAUUUUCUUGGGUUCACCCGUCUUGAAGACAAAAGGGAAAAGCCAGAAAUCAGGAGGGCACCAUGGAUUCCACAGGACGUGUCAUCUGCUUGGGAUGGUGGAGGAGGUGGUGGGUGUUGGGUUUUCAGUCUCUUCACAUUCUUUUCUGCCUGCUCAGCUCUGGCUGCUUACUCCCUUGCACCAAUAAAUACACAAGAAUGUUCUA